AUCUUGUGUGGCAUUGUUGCUGUCAACUGACGGGCUAAAGCAAUUUACCACCCGUUAAACUUUGCCUAUGUUUGGAACAACUUUCUAUCCAUCUACGCUUAGGUCGACGGCAUUCCGGAUAAUAUCUUGUGUCAUGUUACUGCGUCCCAGAACAUAUGCUAUUUCCAGCAGUACGCGUUCUCAAACAUCUAGUCAAUCACCUCUCCCCGAACUGUCAUUUCAGUCAAAGCCUAAGCAGCAACAGCCGCCCGAACAGGAGCCAAGCCACAAGCUAUUUGACCUAUACAGGAUAGACGACAACGCCAACGAAUUCUUGAUGGCCACCUUUGCCAAGCGCGUUGAAGCUGAACAAAUGAUGCUUGAAUUUGAAAGCCGCGGCCACAAGCAAGUGUACUUCAUCAGGACAAGGCCAAAGGAUCCGCAAUAGCCCCAACGCGCACUUGCAGCGCCUUGGGUACCACCGCUUCCACAUGCUACCUGUCGGUUGGCUGGUUGCGGCGGCCCCAUCACCACCCCACCCCUCCCUCCUCCUCCUCCUCCACCUCCUCCUCCUCCUCCACCUCCUCCUCCUCCCGGACCACCCGACGCCCCUCCUCCCCCGCUUCCCGUUCCCGGCAGCAUCAGCAGCCGCCGCUGUGCCACGUAGCCCAGGAAGGCGGUGGAUAUGAGGAGGCCGCCGGCGAAGGCGGCGGCGGUGGUGACCCAGAAGGCCGUGAAGGACUCUUCCAGCGUGUUGCGCAUGUUCAUGCCGAAGACGCCCGCCACGGAGGUGAUCACGGUGAACAUGAGCGUGAUGGAGGUAACCACCAGGUCGAUCCCCA